AUGGUACUCACAUGUUGUUUGUCCCGGCCUCAGCAAAGCUACUGGGGCGAAUUCGAUCUUGAUGGGAUCAACAUCAGUGUCAGAACGCUCAAAGAAGGUGUUUCUCCUGGCAGUACGGCUGGAAUUCCCUCUUAUUUCUGGGGGAGAGAUGUCAGAACCCGUUUUGGGAAGCCAUUCAACAAUCUGUCACGACCAAACAAAUUUACCGUUCAUGGCGGAUAUUCAGAGGCGAGAAGUCUGAUCGGUAAUGGCGCUGUAGCCGACUUACAAAGGCUAUCCAUUCAGGCUCGAGAGUGCAUCGCCACAUUAUUCAGAGACAUCAACGACGGAUCAGAAAGGUCGUCCCUGAGCGAAAUCAAGAUCUCGUCUUUCCCGGAAUCAAAGCCCACAUUGGUUCGACUGCAACUAGCCCCUGAACUACAGCGCUGGAAAGACGCUCAACACUCAAUCGGCAACAUCCUUCUACCGAAAGGUGCCGGAUUGAGUCAAGCCUCAGACAAAGUCCUCAAAAUUCUCGGGGCGGAGAGCUGGCCUGAAGCCUUGAAGACAAACAAUGCACUCUUUGGCUGCGGAAUUGCCAGCUUACUUAUGGGCGCCGCUGAUGUGCCAACCAUGUUCUCCAAUUACGUGACUGACAUGGUGUUCUACUACGAGCACGGCUACAGCCACAUUUUCCCGUCCUUGGAACCGCUUCUGCAGAGGGCACUGGCCGACCCGCACGCGUUGCGGACUCUGGGGGGCCGCGAACGGCGACUCGGUGUUCGCAUUGGCAAGCAGUACAUCCAAGGCAAGAUCGCGCUAGAGAAGCAGCACAAAUCGCAGUUGACAAAUCGGUCAGCGCGAUUGAGCCGGCGAACUGCACAGAUCGUUUCUCUGUCGGAGAGUAGUCUGUUGGGUAUGGCGGCCGAGGCGAUGGCACGGGGCUUCGAUCCUGGUGCCGUCAUGAGCGACUUGGUUUUCAGCUCGCCGGGGACUGAUGUCGUAGACGUGGGAUCUGAUCUGAUGAAUUCGGAGGUCAUGAACUCGUUCCUGAAUGUGGCGGAUAUCACAGACACGGGCGUCGUGAGUGAAGACGUGUUACGUAGGGUCUAUGAUGCCUAUGCGGCGACGGGGGCUAGGAUGCUGACGCAGAGAUGGCAUGAGCCGCUGGCUAGGAUGUGCGCCGCGCUGUAUACGUGGCACAUCCAGAAUGAUCGGCAUAUGUUCCUCAGGCGUGCGAUCUUGGGCUGGCCGAAAGCCCGGAAGAUGCCGGCGAGACCUCAGUGCGAAGCAGAUUUCGACGAGGUUUUUGAUAAGGAAUAUCGUACAACAGGGUUUUCUAGGCCUCUUGAUCCAAAAUAUGUGUGCAAUGGCGAAGAAACAUGUAAUUAUGUUCGCCAAUUUCUCGAUCGUAACCAGGAGGAGCCAUUACUCCGGGACCUAUGGCUGGUCCUUGUCAUAGGUCCUCUGGAGUAUGUCAGGGGAGGCAAGGUCGAUGAAAGGCGGGAACGAGAUCUUGUCGAAGCCUCGCGGCUUAAGAUGGCUGAGCUUUUCUCCCGGGGUCUGGUGCUUGAAAUGGUCUGGCUGAUUGCUCAUGCGAAUCACCAUGCUUGGCAAGUUAAUUAUCUUUUCGAGGCUGCUAUGUUUGGCAGCAUUCUCGAUGGAGGCACUCUGGCUGGUAAGCUCGAUAGGCAGGAGGAGAGCUGA